AUGGAUAAAGGUGAACCUUCUCUGGUUCCCGAAUGGUUGAGAAUUUCUGGUGGUGGGAGUUCAAAUCACCUUCUCGUAUCAUCUUCUUCUCACUCAGAUUCUGCAUCGUUGCAAAAUAAUAGCAGGAAUAGGAACUCUAGGAGCAAAAGUGAUGUUGAUUCAAUUCAUUCUCCUUUUCUGGAUCGAUCUUCUUCUACUAAUUCAAGGAGGGGCACUAGUAAUGGCACUGGAGGAAAGCAUGCAUAUAGUAGUUUCAACUUCAAUAGGAGUCAAAGGGAUAAGGACCGCAUGAGGGAAAAAGAUAGAAGCUAUGUGGAUCAAUGGGACCUUGACACUUGCAUCCCUCUCAGAAAUAUCGUAGCUGGUAGGGAUCAGGAUCAAUUGCGACGAUCACAUUCAAUGGUGACGAGAAAACAGGGAGACCACCUCUCUCGAGGAUUUACAGUCGGCUUGAAAAAUGGUGGCAGUAGUACUAGUUACAAUGGAAAUGGCAUACUUCCUGGACCUAGCAUCGGGAAUAGCUUUCAGAGGACUGGGUUUGAUAAGGAUUUUCCCUCGCUUGGAGCUGACGAGAAGCAUGGUGGGCAAGACGUUGUACGAGUCUCGUCUCCUGGUUUAAGUUCUGCUGUUCAGAGUUUGCCAGUUGGUAACUCGGCUUUGAUUGGUGGGGAAGGUUGGACCUCGGCUCUGGCAGAGGUUCCCAAUGUCAUCGAGAAGGCUUGCGCUGGGUCAUUAACUUCUCCGAAAGCUAGUAUUGUUAGCAGUGGAACUUUACCUGGACCAACAGGUCUUAACAUGGCUGAAGCAUUGGUGCAGGCUCCAGCAAGAACUCACACCCCUCCCCAAGGAUCUGUGAAGACACAAAGAGAGGACUUGGCGAUCAAGCAGUCUAGGCAGUUGAUUCCGGUUGUUCCUUCAGCGCCGAAGAUUCUGAAUUCGUCUGAUAAAUCCAAGAUAAAACAAGUGGUUCGAGCUGGUGAAACUUGUCUCGCUCACACGAGAAACUCCCAGCAGCAGCCAUCUGUCCUUCUCGGCAAUUUCCAGUCUAAUCCCAGUGGUCAAAUCAAAUCAGAGAAGAAGCUGUUGGUUCUUAAACCGGCUAGGGAAAACGGUGUGGCUGCUGUUAAAGAGUCUGGGAGUCCUAGUGGUAAUCCAAACAGCAGACCCGCCUCUAGCCAGCUAAUGAACUCUGCUCAAUCAACACAAUCUGCCCCUGUGAGAAGUACAAACAGCCCAAAGGAGCUCAAGGGAGCUACUGCCUUUACCAUGACAUCUAGCCAAACCAUUGAAAAGAAAUCUUCUUUAGCUCAAACUCAGAGCAGGAAUGCGUUUUACAGUGCCCUGAAGCGGAAAUCUACAUCAACGAGCAUCUCCAGCGAUUCCGUUAACUCCACAGCCAAUUGCAUCUCUUCUUCGGUUGAGGAAAAGGUCGACAGCUCAAAGGAGCUUGUAGCUAGUGACUCUUCAAGUCCACAGGCUACAAGUGGUGUAGAAGUGACUCAAAGGAAUAGUAUUGGCUUUGAGGAAGCAGAUACUCCAGAUGAGGAAGAAGCCGAGUUCCUAAGAUCACUUGGCUGGGAAGAAAACAAUGGCGAAGAUGAAGCUCUUACGGAAGAGGAGAUUAAAGCCUUUUUUGAACAGUACGAGAUGUUGAGGCCGGCACAUACGCAGAAACUGUCCGUGAUACAAGAGGCAAGAGAAGAUGUAGCUUAA